CACGCGAGCGCACGCACAGCUGCACGAGCGCAAUACAGCUGCUUACUAGAAGAAAGUUGCAUACUUGGGAGCCUUGAAUUAUUACGCCUUGGUUGUUUUUCAAAAUUAACACGAUAACACACUGGACAUACUUUGUUUUCGGAUAUUUAAAACUGAUAUUUUAAACUGAAGAGCGGGAUUGUGGUCUAUUUUCAUCAUGUUUAUUAUUAAAAUGAGGUUCUUAACGGAUCGGUGACUGUAACGUUUUUUUCCACACUGGAUAUUUCGGAUACACCGCUAAAUGUCAAACAGGAUCAGCUGGCUGUGUGUUUAAAGUGACUCAGCCCCUCUGGAAUAAACUUUCCUGCAGCGGAGAGUGUGUGUGAGAGAGUUUGACACAGAGAGAGACACAAGUGGAUGUGUGCGCAUGAUGCGCUCGCGGCUUCUGCUGCUGGUGCUCGCGGCGCUCGUGGCGUGUCUGCGGUCUGGUCGCGCGCAGGGGAACCCUCUCCCUCAAUCUCUGGUGGAUUUAGUAAUGAACAGCCCAAUCUCAUCAGUAGAUGAUCUGAAGAGACUUCUGGACGUAGAAUCCAUAGAAGAAGAUGAUGAAAAGCCAGAGAAUGAAAUUCACACAAAUGGAACACACAAACGUCUUCCCCGAAGCCUUAGUGUUCAGGUAGCUCAGCAGGCGAUGUGUAAGGUGAGGACAGAAGUUAUGGAAGUGACCCGUGCGAUGUUGGACAGACGGAAUGCCAAUUUCCUGUUAUGGCCUCCGUGUGUGGAGGUCCAGCGAUGUUCUGGUUGUUGCAACACACGCUUGCUACAGUGCGUGCCAGUCACCAUAGAAACACGGCAUUUACAGAUGACGAAAAUCCUGUUCGUCAACAGACAACCAGUCUAUGAGAAGGUCAUCAUUCCUGUGGAGGACCAUGUGACUUGUAGCUGUCAAUCACAAGUUUCUGUACACUCCCCACGGCUCCAGACUACACCCCUUCCCCCGCCUCGUCUCCACCCUAAAGUAACUCCACCAAAGACCCAAACAAAAGAGGAGCUCCAUCGCCAUGAUGAACUCAAACACAAUCAGAGGUUCCACCUCCAGGACAGAGAAACUCAGGAACUACAAAGGCAGUCCAAAUACACACUUGCGCACACACAGGGUUACCGACAAACAUACCAACAUACGCUGACACUCACACCCACAGUGGCAGCUUAUGUAAGUAGAGGAGAUGUUCCUACUCGAAAAACCACUUUGGGAGCUCCACAAAUGAUGAGUGACGCAACAGAAACAGAAGUCGAACAACAUCACGUAAAAUCCGAACAUCAUACAGUUCUCGGCAGCGGUGAUGACACAACAAUAAAAACACCUAAUGCGGAACAGCAUUAUGACCAACAGCAACAGGAGAAUCAACAUCCAAAACAUGCCCAAACUACACCACAGCAAACAAAAUACAAUCCCUCUCACGAUUCUGUCCAGUCAGAGCACAGUAUGCCACACAGCGUCCAAUUAGAUGGUCUAAGUCACACUUACAGCCAUGUAGAGGUGAUUGGCCAAUCCAGUGGCUCAUCAGAAGUACUUAGUCAUCCCUCUGACCAAUCAAAAGUGAGUAAUCAUCAUCAAGGCCAGCAAGGGCAGGAAAUGGAAAGGCAACAAGAAGAAACACAACAUCAUCUUCAUCACCAACACCACCAACAUCAUCGUCAUCAUCAUACUACGCAAGCAUUCAGUCAUCAAGAAACCAGCACACAAAAAACAGUGACGAAUGCACCUCAGACCAUGCCCUCCGCCCCUAAGAUUCCGCCCCCCCUCCAGCCCCCACGGAAGCGGCGACGGAAACAUCGGAAGAGGAUCAGCAAAGCCUCUAUGAGAGCUAUGAUAAUGAUAAUGCCAUGAAGAAGACCAAGAUUCUGAACUGCUGCCAAAGUCCCAGGAGGAACCACAAAGCUGCGAGUCAAGGCGGAGACAUGCAGGAUAUAGCAGAGACACACUGGAAAUAUCUUUUUAUAAUAACAUUUUGAAAUGUUUUUGAUCUUUGCCAAAUAAGCUCCUAUAAACUACGUUUCCCAUCAGCCAUUGCGGUCCUUGAACGCCACCAGUUCUGCGGUCUUUGCACUAUGGGAGCUGGCCGUACUCAGGAUAUCCUGUGAGAACUGACUUAUUCCCUUUAAGACAUAAACAAAGCCUUCCAAAUGGUAAGACUUAUCACAAUUAUGGUCUGCCGAAUAUACAUCAUUCAGCAAACUGCCAAAUUCUGUGCAAUAUUUACUUGAACUACAGUUUUGCCAAUCAAUGACUGGCUACUUUGGGAAUGAAACUGGUCCUGAUUCAUCAAAGUAGCCCUCAAACUGCCAAUGAAUGAUGUAGACCCAAAAGAACUCUGUUACCUAUUGGAGAAACUACUGGAAUAGCAACUGGAAUCUGCAAACUAGAAGUUAAAACUGGAAGACGUUCCUUGAAAUCGCAAGGACUUGGAAUUUGGACUCUCAAAGGGCAAAGCAGCUGGAGAGAUGAAGCUCAGCACUUCCAGAGAGUAUAAAAUACAAAUCAUAACUAUUGCUAAUUCAUCUCAAAUGGUAUAAUCUGUACAUUUUCAAGAUACUUAAAUACUCCAAGUUUAUUAGAGAUCAAGAUAUCAGCUGGCUAGAUAUGGAGCUUGGAAAAGUGUGGAGUAUAUGCACUUACAAAACAGUACAAUGGUAUUAUCAUGGAUUUUUGGACAUGGUACUUUUGUAAUACCUUGAUAUUUUAAAUAGAUUGGAAUUGAAGCUUGGAGUACCAUGUAAAUGUAUUUGAUGAUUUUGAUACCAUCUCUGUACCAUGGUACCGCCACAGUACUUUUUUGUAAGUUUUAGGAACUAUAUUUAAAUUGUGCGAAAACACUGGAAUAUCGUACACUGGAGGUUAUCAAAUAUGGAAAGCGCUAAACUGUUAUUUUGAUAGAUGCAGUUAAUAUAACAUGAUAAUGCAAAGUCAAAUAGGACAUAAUUCAAUAUAAGAAUAAAAAUAAGAACAUUGCUGUCAUGGUUACAGUAAAAUACUCAAUCCUGUAAGGGGUGGUAUGGAGUACUUUGUCAUUUUUCCAAUGCCUGCUGUUCCCAAACUCAAUCCGUCUGUCAUUGAACUGCUUCUGGAAAAUUGUAAAGCUAUAAAAUAACUGUUUGUAAAUUAUGCUUUUCUGGCUUUUUCGUAACUUAUUUAUAAAAGGUAGAUGCGCUACUCAUCUGCUUCCAAGAGUAAUUAAUUGGUAUUUGUUAUAAUGAGAAUUAUUGUUAAUAUUAUGAUGCUAUUUUAAUAUAAAUAUAAAACUUGUUAAAUUUAUCAUUUGUUUGCUUGUUCUUUUUCCUAGCAUUUUGGCACUUUCAGAGAUUCAGAAAUGUUAUUUAAAAUUGUACCCACAUUUCCAACUGGCAGUGUUUUCCAAUUGAAAUUUACCAUGUUUGUGUCAACUCCAUGCAGCUCCAUGCCAACCAUGUCAACUCCAUGCAACCCCUUCUCCCUCCACAGUGGACGCUUGAAGGUUUGCUGGCUGUAGGGGUUAUAAAUAACAAUCGGGAUGUACUGGAACGUUAUCUUCCCAAGCCAAAGGAGGCGCUGUUAUGCCAGAAACAUACUUAAUGC